AUGCCUCUGUCAAAGCUUCCCAGCUUCGCCUCGAGCUUCGCCGAUUCUUUCAAGGUGCGUUGGCCGUGGUCCAACUCAUCAGAUAGCUCCAGUCACGCAGGCUCCCAAAGUUCUUGGGCCUCUGAAAGCAGUGUCAGUCAAGCUUCCUCAGGUGGGGCUCGCCGUCGGAAGUCCGUCAUUCCUCAGUCAUCCAACUCCAGCCAUAGUCGGGAAACCUCUCAAACAGAAAGUUUUCCAUAUUAUUCAAGAGAACCCCAUGGAUCCUCGAGCUCUCAUACAACAACCAGUGAGACUGAAAGUUUCCCCAGCUCACAUCAAGACCGCGCCUUCGCUUCAGGCCGAACUCUUCCUGAAAGAUCGGAUGAGUCCUAUGGCCAAUCUUUCACCAUCUCAAGUAGACUGAAGCGCGCCAUUCUUGCUCCAACAAAAUUACAAACUGUGAUUGGUUGCAUCAUUCUAAUUAUCGUUGUGGCCAGCAUUGUGAUCGGAUUGGUGCUUGGUUUACGGAACAUCUCCCUUCAAGACGAUUUACGCAAUCGAAUCAACACGAUCCCUGUUCGUGUUCCCAACUCCAACGAAUCCUUCAUCGGCCACAUCAAAGGUCAGCCGCCCCAGAAGCGAGAGUUCUUUUUUGUGAUAGAUGAGCGACUAGGAUCGCCUGACGGGGUUGAAAAAGCGAUGAUAGUGGCGAACGGUCAAUAUCCCGGCCCUAUAAUUGAAGUCAAUCAAGGAGACGAAGUGGUUGUGAAUGUCAAAAAUAAUCUAGCCGUGCCGACUUCUAUCCACUGGCAAGGCUUAUUUCAGGCAGGCACGAACUAUUUUGAUGGUUUGGCUGGUGUAACGGAAUGUGGAAUCCCGGCUGGUGAGCAGAUGUCUUACAGGCUUCAGCCUGGCUCGUUCACAGGAACUACAUUUUGGAAGGCAGGGUACGGUACGCAAGCUGCAGACGGUCUCACUGGAGGCUUGGUGGUCCAUCCCACUCACCCGACCACUACCAUCACUUAUGAUGAAGAGAUUUUAGUCCACUUGAGCGAUUUGUACCAUGAGAACUCCAAGGUGCUAACCGAAAAAUAUGUUUCAGCUGAUGGGAUAGGGGGGAAAGCCGGCAAUGAGCCGGUUCCGGAUAGUGGUACCAUCAACGGCAUUGGUCAAUACCCCCAUAGACCAAAUGGGGAGAUCAUCUUCCCAGAUUACCACAAGCUUAUCGUGGAGAAAAAGAGAAGCUAUAGACUCAGGUUGGUUAAUGCGGGCUCCAUGGCGCCUAUCAGGUUUAGUAUAGACGACCACAGCAUGACAGUCAUCGAAGCGGAUGGAGUCGAAGUUGAGCCUGUUACCUUCACGGGGGGGAUACAGAUUGACGUCGGGCAGAGGUACAGCGUGGUUCUACGCGCAGAUCAUGAGCACCACGAGCAAUAUUGGAUGCGAGCAUCUCUAGUCGCAGAUGGCUUCAAGUACGAUAAUCCGGAAGCCAACCGCGAGAUCCUUGGUAUCUUGGGAUACGGAGAGGGACUAGAAGGUGUCCCGCACUCGGAAGCCCACAAAGAGAAGAUGGAAAAUCUAGAUGCUAGUCGUCUUCGUCCUCUCGUACCUAUAGCGCCUCCAUCAGCCACUCAAACUUAUGUGGUAGAUUACUUGCUCAGUCGAUCCCCAAGUGGAACUACUGUUGGGAUGUUCAACUCGACCACUUGGGUACCUCUACUUCCUAGCAGCUCUCUGUUGACGAAUCUGGGCGACGGUAAAGAUGGGUUAUCAGUCCCUGCGCCAUAUCAGUUUCUGCUCUCUGCAGACAAGCCAGAGGUGAUCGAUUUAAUCAUCAACAAUUUGAGCGGAGGGUUAUCCACCUUUUCUUUGAGUGGGCAUCGGCCUUGGAUCAUUGGAAGCGGCGCAGGGAAUUACCACGGUGACCGGGCUGCAGCUACACCAUCACCCACGAAUACGAGUCCAACUAGUUCAACACCUAAUGGCCCGGGGACGGGUCCUGUGCCCGAAAGCAACUUGACCGACUCCUCGCACGACGGCUCUUCAACUGGUUCAAAUGAUCCGCAUAAAAAUUCUACUGCCGCUGCACCUACAGCUUCUUCAAACAACUCCCUACCCAAUCCGCAAGUAGAUCAUCCAGAUAGCUCUCCACCUGUUCCCAAUCAAAAUCCCGCUCCCCAUUCUGAAAAAGAUGAAUCCCGCAUUCCUCGAAAAAACCCUGAAGAUAAAAAUCGACACGGCUCAUCAUCUGGCCACCCCAAAUCCCAAACACCACCAGGAAAGAAACCAAAAGCUACUUAUCAAGAUAAACACAAACCUCCAUCCUCAAAGAAUCACGCAAGUAUGCAUGAGCUGAGUGUUCAUGAACCUUAUAAGGGCAGUGAAAUAUGGGGAGAGGGAAAGAGCCGAGAAUAUGCCACAAAAAGAGAAUGGAAACCUCAAAGCAACAGGGCAUAUCGGUUCAGAAACCGGAGACAAUUGCCCAAAUCAGAUGCACCAGCUGUGAUACAGUAA